AUGGACCAUCCCUCAGAUGAAAUUCGCGUGCAACAUUUGGAUCAUGUUGAAUGGGUUCCUAUAUUGUCACACGACACUGUCAUAAACGUUGACCCUUUAUUGUCAUCGACGCCGAAACAGCCUUCAUACACGCCUCAGUUCUCGUCUUUUCAAAGCUCAGCCAUUCUGAGGCGCCUCAACGACAUUUCUCAAUUGCCAGCCAGUCAGAGUUUCGGAGAAAUGGACACUGCAAAUCUGAAAGGCACGCUGUCGAUACCUACACCAACGAAGCAGGACCAAUCGAUAACAGCAGGCUCAUCCAACAGCGGCGCGAAAAGGAAGCGAGAUGAAUCUUCCAACAAGGUCGAUUUUACCAAAAGCACUAUUCCGUUCACCUGGAAGGCCCCCUCGCCUAUUCAGCAAGCAGCCGUCCAAAUUCCAUCAACAGAACAGGAAGCUCGCUGUUCCAAGUGUAAUGGCACUAGCCAAGUCGGUUCUUUGAUUACUUGUAUUAGUUGUCUCACACAUUGGCAUCAGAAAUGUCACUCGCCUGUCAUCGGUGAUGGGACCACAAUUCCAUCGAACUUCACCUGUGCAUCGUGUACUACGGGUCGAGAACAAACAACCAAGCUAAGAGGCAAGGUCAGUCAGCAGCGGCAACAGGAAAUCGAUCGUCUUCGUCAAAAGCAACUAUCGUCUCUCCCUAGAGGGGUCGUUCCUGCAAAGCCUCAUCUGGUAGGUUUCGGUGUUGGCCAGGCGCCACACAAUUCACGGGUUGAGUACUUUGAGACUAUGCCAAAAACAGAUAUGCUUAAUGUAUUGUCGUUCUGUGAUCAACUGAAACCUAAUCUUCUGGUUGACGUUCUUAUUUCCGUCUCAAAACGACACCCUGACCUACCAAUGUUUGACUCGCCCGACUGGGAGAGUCAAUUGCUGAACCCUUCUCGGCCUGUCAAGGCAUCAAAACACGAUGACAAGCCCCGACACGGCCAUGUGCUCCUCAACAAAGCGGCGAAGCAUAAGCAAAAGACCACUAAGAAGAUCCUGAAACGCACUCGUGUCAUUGAGGUCAUUACAAGUGCUCCUGAAGAAGACAACGUGAAUGUCCUGCCACCCACUUGGACAAGGGCUGGCGAGGGGCUGUACUCCAAACUACUGCCCGAGACAGAAGACAGAUCAAUUCUCGUGGACGACAACGAUGAAGAGUCGUUCAGCCACUUUUUGGUAGAUGGGGCUGGGCGUCAGAUUAUGGAGCCUGUGGGUGUUUAA